AGCAACGAGCAACGAGCAACAAGCCAAGCUUUCACUUGAGCGUGAAGAUAUAUACGAUCGAUCACCGGUUCUUGCUUGCACAAGCAACAGCAGCGGUUUUUGCAGACACCAUGAGCUACGGGAGCGGCUCUUCUGGCGGGCGCCGAGUUGAGUACGGCAGGACCUACGUGGUGAGGCCCAAGGGGAGGCACCAGGCCACCAUUGUGUGGCUCCAUGGCCUUGGCGACAAUGGUGCAAGCUGGUCCCAGCUCCUGGAUUCUCUUCCACUGCCUAAUAUAAAAUGGAUCUGCCCUACUGCACCAACACGGCCUGUCGCGGCUUUCGGUGGAUUCCCUUGCACUGCAUGGUUUGAUGUGGAGGAAACUUCGUUGGAUGGCCGUGAUGAUAUUGAAGGGCUCGAUGCUUCAGCUACCCAUGUCGCAAACCUACUGUCCUCCGAGCCAUCUGAUGUGAGGCUUGGGAUCGGAGGUUUUAGCAUGGGCGCUGCCACUGCCCUCCACUCAGCCGCAUGCUAUGCACAUGGGAGAUUCUCAAAUGGCAUUGCUUAUCCGAUCACCCUCAGCACUGUCAUCGGUUUAAGUGGAUGGCUCCCUUGCUCAAGGACACUGAGGAGCAAGAUUGAGAGCUCACAGACUGCUCUGAGAAAAGCUUCUGCCUUGCCAAUCCUGCUCAGCCAUGGAAGAGCUGACGAGGUUGUCACCUACAGAAACGGUGAGAGGUCAGCUGAGAUUCUGCGAUUCUCAGGGUUCCACUCCCUGAACUUCAAACCCUACAAUGGACUGGGUCACUAUACUAUCCCUGAAGAGAUGGACGACGUCAGCAAGUGGCUCAGCUCAAGGCUGGGGCUUGACCGAUCCCACGGCUAAUCCGAAAAUAUGCGUGCAAGAAGAGGUAUUGACAGUAUACAGGAGAAGGUUGAUAGGCUAUGUGAACUGUGGCCGUCAUGGCUUGGUAGCUUGUAACCCAUGUGCUUUCCUCACAUCUGCAUAUCAUGUUAGUUUUCUGGUAAUGUACCUUGUUAACACUAAAGAGGAUCCCUGUAAUGUAGUAUUGUAUUGCUUGUUUGAUUACAUUAGUAAUAAUUCUGCUGAGUCU